GGUCCAUACGGAUGCAGAGCGCCUGCGAAGAAUGUUAGUGGGUGCGAGAAGGGUGACAGAUCUUCGGUUUCCACUUACCCAGCCGUCAUCGUACUCAUGAAGCAUGCGCACGAGCUGGCCGGACUUGAGCUCAAGCUCGUCAUCCAUGGUAGGCUUGAAAUCGAGUUGGACGCGGUGGACGUUGUUGGGGCCACGGGGACCGGCGCCGACGGGGACAGCUGCAGCAGUGGCGAGCUGAGGAGUGCCAGCGCCGCUACCUUCCCAGGAUGCAGUGGCGCUGUGACCACGCGUACGAGCGCCAUCUUCGAAGGGGUUGCUAGCGGCGGCGGCACCAACGACGGCGGCGUCCGAGAAGGGGUUCUGGCCAGCCUUCUCCGACAUGGCAGCGCCAUUGGCGAAGAGCGAGGGAACAGCGCGAAGGCUGAGGCGAGGAGCAGUGGCACCGGUGCGCGAGGUGCCGGAGCCGACACUCUUCAUGCUGGCACGCCUGUCUCCGGCCGGAGCGCCCACGGCAGCGGCAGUACCGCUGAAGAAGCUGUUCUGGCUGGCAUGCUUCUCAUCGAGCUUCUCGCCCCUCUCCGCAGUCUGCUGCUUGCGUCGGCGAAUGCAGAACAGGGCCAGGCCGGCGACAAUGCCGAUGAUAGCGAGAAUACCGAGGGCAAGCCCGGCCUUUGCGCCGCUGGACAUGCCGGAGUGUUGGUGGUUGAGGACACCAGCGUUGGAGGUGCUCACGGAAAGAGGGGUUCCUCCGGCAGUGUUCGUAGGAGCAGAAGCUCGGAGCGGCGAGCCCACCGCGCGAGUGGUAGAGGGAGCGGCGGGGCUGGACGAGGCAGAAGACGUACGCGUCUUGGCCUGGUGAGCACGAGACUUGGCAGACUCGUAGGAGUUGCCAGAAGAUGCGGCAGUGGCAGCCGAAUCAGGGGAGUUGCGGGUGUUGGUGUUGGCGGCAGCAGCGAUGGUCGGAGUAGCAUCGUUCCCGGAUUGAGUCACGUACACGGCGGGGCCGGUGAACGUCUUUGCCUCGGUGACAUAGACCGCGCUGACGACGGUGACGACAUCCUCGGUGUCGACCUGUUUGCCGGCGUUGUGGAUGAAGCGGUUCUUGUUGUCGAGGUUGACAUGGCUCUGGCUGCCGGCGGGCUUCUUGGAGAGAUCGAUAUGGCUCAGGCUGUUGCCCUUGGCAGACAGAUCGAUGUGGCUGAGGCUGCCGGGCUUUUUGGAGAUGUCGAUAUGGCUGGCACUGCCGCGCUUCUGCAAGUCGAGCAGGUGCCUCGCCUCGUGGGCGUUCUGUUUGUGGAAGAAGGCCAUGACGGUGCUUGCUCACUCCAGGUGAGAAUUGUCAAGGGACAAGGGUGGUGGUGGUGGUGGUGGGCUGAUUGAAUUGCAAGUGGCGUGGUGAGACGUGUUGUGGAAUGUGGCCGUCGAGGACACACGUGCAAGGAAGCUGGUUGACACGCUGGAAUGUGCGAAGGGGCACAGCAAAGCAGGGGGCAGAUGGAUGAAUGAAUGACAGCAACGCGCUGUCCGUCGGUAAAAGAAGGGCGACGGGACCAGCGCUGUCGCGGAGAGGGAGUGGGUGAAGGGUGGAGGAGGUGGUGAAGGAGUGUGGUUGUUGGCGGUGCAGAAGGAGAGGGAGGAAGGAAACAGG